AUGGUUUCCUGGUUUUCAAAAAUUUCAAACAGGCGAACAAAAGAGAAAAGGACGUCAAAAGCUUUAAUAAAAUAUGCAAAAAACAGUACAAUGGGAGACGGUGCGAAUGUGUUCAACACAUUCAGCUUCAACAAAUGGGCAGACGGCAAGCGUGAAGAGGAGAUAGAUAAGGAAAGUAGACGGCGACGAGCCGAGCAGAUUAAACGACUGAAGGAAAGGCUUCGAAAGGAGAGAGCACUGCGUGAGGCUCAAGGUGAUGGAGAUCUUGAUUUGGAUGCAUUGAUUGAGGCGUUACAAAGAGGAGAAGUUAUCAAUAUACCUCAACAAACCGAUGUAAUUGUAACCGAACCUAUCGAGGAAACUUCUAAAAGAAAACGAGGGGUGCCAGAUAAUUUGUCAGAUGAUUAUAUCUUUAAUGAAAUAAAUCUCUACGCAAAUCGCUCGAUCGGCUUGAACAAUAUUGCAGAGCCGGUGGACAUAGCGCCUGUUCCACUACAAAAAUUAGAUCCACUCUCCUUCCGUUAUAAUCGAAGAAAUCAGAAUAACGAAAUGAUCGCCAAUGAGGAGCAAAUUGUUCAACACCGGCCGAAUAACUUCAAGUUUAAUAGAAUGAUACAGGAUAUUCAAAAAUGA